AUGGAGCUGGGCGGGUACGCGGACUCCGGCUCCCCGGAGCGACAGCGGCUGCUGGGAGGCCUGCUGGACGAGCCGCUGCCAGUGGCGCCCGACCACUGCAGCCCCGCGGGCCGGCGGCUGCCGCUGUCCCAGCAGGGGCAGGAGGCGGGCGCCGAGAAGACUGUGAGCUUCGCGCCGGGCUGCGGCGCCGGGGUGCCGCCCCCCAGCCGGCGGCGGGAGGAGGCGCGCGUGCUGCUGCACCUGCGGCGGCGGCUGGAGGCGUGCCGGCUGUCCAAGGCGCCGCCGCCCUCCGCCGCCUGCUCGCAGUCCCGCCCCCAGCAGCUGGACAACCGCCCGCUCCUCCUGAACAAGAUCCUGAGCAACCGGCCGCUGAGCGUGCUGAGCGACGGCGGCGGGCGGGCGCCCACGGACUGGGAGCGCAGCGAGUUCGUCAACGACUGCCUGUACUGGCACAACGUGUACCGCCUGCGCCACCGCGCGCCCUCGCUCGCCCUCUGCGCGCAGCUGUGUUCGCAAGCCCAGACUUGGGCCAAUCAUCUUGCUCACGCCAACACUUUCUACUACCGCAACGACCGCGACAUUGGCCAGAACCUGUUUUGUAGACCAGUCAACGACGAGCAGAAUGAUGUUACAGGUCAAGAGGUGUCGUCCUACUGGUACAGCGCUAAUAAGCAGUACAACUUCUCCAAGGAGCCGGAUGUACUUCAUGCCAAUGUUAAUGCAGGGCACUUCACGCAGAUGGUGUGGGCCAGCACGCGCCUGCUCGGCGUGGGCAAGGCCCGCAGCCGCUCCGGCAAGGUGUUGGUGGUGGCCCACUACCGGCCGCCCGGCAACGCCAGCGGCCUCUUCCAGCAGAACGUGCUGCCACCGGCCCCCGACGGCAGCGACGCCGAGAUGACCAGCGAGUCGGGCAGCGAGUCGAGCGCCUCGCGCAGCGCCGACUACUGCUCGUAGCAGCCGCUGAGCGCGUAGCCCGGCCCGCGCUGCAGCCUCUGGUGACGCCGGGGAGCCGUCGACACUUCCGGACCGCUCCCGUCUCCGCGCGAGACCGCGGCGACUCAGAUGAAACGUCACUCGCGACAACUAAAAUAUUUCAAAUCAAUUUUCAAAACAAUCAUUAUUAAUACUAAAGCGGAAUGAAAUAAGUGAAUUUUUUCUAUAAACAUUCAAAAAAAUUUGAACUCCAUAAUGUGGUUGGGAAACGCUGGUUUAGCUAAUGUUGAUUUAUGCCACAUAUGUAUUUAUAUUCAAAAGUACUUGUCUACAAUUUUUAUCAUAAUAGAAAUUAUGAAUGUCACUUGAUCUGGAUGAAUAGAAUACCGAUGCACGGGUACAUACACUAUGAUGAGCUUUGAUUUCAAAUGUCAAAUCUGAAAAGGGAUGUUAUGAUAAGAUAGAAAAAAAUAUAUAUAUCUAAGCUGGAGGGUAUGUCCCCCAUAUUAUGACUUUCCGAAAUGAAUGAAGGUUCUGGUUUCCCCAUCAGCAUUGCAUCCGCCCAUUGUCUCGAAAGAGAAAGCUUAGGAUAGAUAUUAGUCUAUCCCUUUAACAUUACAGCAGAAUUUGAUGCUGCUUAUUUAAUGUAACAUUAGACAAGUACAGUAAUUAAGAGUAUUGUCUGUAGAGAUUUUGAGAGUUGUUACAAAUCUUCAUCAUACUUUGACAAUCCUUCCUGAGAGAAAAAAAAAGUGUUCUGCAAUUUUUAUUAGAAAUAAUUAUUCUUAGUACCAUUAGAAUAAUAAUUACAGUAUAAUUGCAGGAUUGUAAGUUUGGCACUGUGACCUGAAAAUAUGGCUUUAUGAUAGAAAUAGAAAUCAAAAGAAAAAAUAUUGUCACUUCACAAACAAUACAGUCUAACUGUAAAGUUACUGAAAUGUUAGUUAGGCGGCAUUGUUAGCUAAGGAACAAUAUGUGCAUCGAAAUGUGUGGUAGAACUGUGUCUAUAGAUUUUUACAAGUAGCAGGCCUAGUAGUUAUUUAGACUUUCAUAAAAUAAUAAAUAGCUUACUUUUA